AGCAAACGGACCCUCCGACCAACUGUGUUGCAAUUGAAGCUUUGGGAAGGUUGCACACAGAUAUCUCUUGACUAUGGCCGAACGACUGGCACCGAUUUCGUUCAGAGAGUUGACGCGAAAUUUGAAGGCUUUGAGGAAGGACAAUGCCGAUGCAACACUGGUUAUCGACAUUGUGAAGAAGAGAUUACCAAUCUUGAAGAGAUUGCGCUUUGCACCGGCGGCCGCGGCUCCCGAAAACGUCGGGGAAACAGUCGAAAUUGAUGGCAAUACCUAUAGACCGACAGCCACGCAGAAGGCGGAUGCAGAAAGACUUUCCAAGAUCGCCGGUACAAGUGUAACAGACUGCUUACGAAUUACACUGUUACCGGAUGUCCAGAUCAUGAAUGAGGAUGCGAGGCUGGCCUACUUGGUUCGAAGACACGCCCGCGAAUCAGCAGCAAUCAUUGACUUGGCAACGGCUAUAUUCGACGAAGCAUCAGUUGUGGAUCACCAACAUGCGAAGCUCAUUGACGAACUGCUUGUUCAGAUCCAGGUCACAGAAAAUGCCGAGUCCGACUUCUUCCUGAACGUCGUCAAGGCGGUCAAAGAACGAUCAACACCAUCAGCGUCAGACACAGAGUUCGUCGUAUUGCGAUCACUUCUGCGGCUUGUUUUCGCUGCGGCUUACAACAAGAUUUCAUGCUCGGGCGACCGUGUCGCAGGCUGGCUUCAGGUCGUCUCGCAAACACGAUUCUUCGACGACGUCCAGGCAAAUGCACCGGAACCAAUUGCGAUGACAGUAAAGUGCUUAGCAUGUGCAAUCAGUAUCGAAAUGCUUGCCGUGUCUUACUCUGUCACCACACCUCUUGGCUCAGCGAAUGGCAACGCAAAUAUGUACCUUUCAGCACCAAAAUAUCUCUUUGCCAUACACAAGCAGAUAACCGAGCAUAUUCCUCCGAUGGACCCGUUUGCUUCCCCAAUACGUAUGACUUGGGGUCUUGUGUUGAGUGAAAUUGCUGUGGAGAAGGAGCAGAUGGGAGUACCCGCAGAGUAUACUCAGACUGUGGAUCAGUUGCUUGCUGAUAAUGCUCCGCAAACGCUUUUAGCGAAUGCCGUGAAUGACGCAGGCGUCAAUACCAUCAAGGUAGCGGUAGAGCAUCUUGCGAGGGAGGAAGAAGCAAGCGCGGGUCAACAGUACGUAUCGGUGUUUGAGGAGCUGUUACGGCACAUGCUUCCGUACCUUUCUUACUCUAUGGAUGUUGCGGCAGCCGUUACGUCUGUGUACACCAGCGCACCAAAUUUGACGUCUUUGUUUAACGCGGAUGAAGGAUCGAUAGUGUUCAGAGAGAAGCUGAGAGGGAUGUUUCCGCAUGACUUUCACUCAUUGCCGCGAUUGAUGACGGCUCUCGCGUCUCCGGCGACGGCAGCGGCUGUCAUGGAUUAUCUGAGGAAGCUUCCAACUUACACGCAAAUCAUUCCUCGGGGCUUUUCAGCGUACGACCUGGAGUCUCGCAAAGUUGAAGGGGAUACAAUCAACUCAAUAAAGCUUCGGAAGGAUUUCGUCUUAUUCGGCAGAUCACCUGUGCCGUUCGUUGCGCCUGCCGGAACAUCCGGAAGCAUUCUUUCGGGCACUGCUAACCCCUCAGUUGUCAUGUGGAAUUAUGCUUAUAACGCGUGGAAUCUCUUUGGAAGGAUCAUGGAUGUGGCUGAAAGUGACGUGGUUGCCUUCGUGGGAGACGACGACCAAAGAACGGUCAUCCUUACCAUCAUUCGUUUGCUUACGCGGAUGGUUGAGCAUCUCCCUGCGGCUGAGGCGGUGGAGUUGUUGAAUGAUGCUUCGGAGGACAUGCAGGGUGAUGGCAGGAACAUCAUCAGUGUGGUGUAUGGAAUCAUGGAUCGUGCGAUCGGGAUCGUUGGUGAGGAGGACAAAUUCGGCAGAGUUCGGAGUAAGGUUACCGCUGCGCGAACUGCGGCGAAGGAAGUUGCUGUGUCUUGUGUCGACUUUUUGAGAGCGUGUGUGCCGCUUCACCCCGACGGCGUGUGGCCGUUGGUUUCUAGGAGUUCGUUGUUGGAUAAGAAAUCGUCGAAUUUUGGACGUAUGGCUGGUGCCGCUGGGGAUUUCCUGCGGAUUGUAGCCGGUCAGGAGUGUAUCUCUGGCUCUUACGAGUUUCUUAUCGCUGUCAUCAAGCUGGUGGAAGCGCUUGUUGUGGAUACAAUUGAAGACGCCGUCAAUAUUCUCAGUGGCGUGAGUGGGACUUCAGCGCGCGUACGAACGGAAGUCUUGCAAAGUUUCCUCGGUGAAAGCGGAUCAUUAUUAGUCGAGGUCUGGAGUGGUUUUGGAGAGUGGAGAUACACGGAUGUUCGGCAGCGCUUUUACAUUGGGACCGCUUUGGUGUCUCUGUUCACUCUGGUGCUAAGCAAGGUCUACGGGUUGGCUGACGGGAAGAAGUUGUUCCCCACGCUUGCGUCGUGCGCUGACUCCAUCGUGUCCUAUAUAUGCUCUCUGACAGAGACUGGCCAGAUCGCGCAGGGAGCAUCUUACAGACCGUUCGCACCUAUACUGGGUCUCCUUGAGUCUCACGAGAAGGGAGCGGAGCUUUAUCGUGCUGUGGGACAGCAAAGUGCAGCCAGGAGUGCGGAGUCAUAUGCGGAUGCUCUUUUGCAGUUGACAGAAACGUUGGUGAGGUGCCGAAGUUACAUCACGAGUGCCAGCAUGGCUUCUCGUCUUGAAGAAGUGUUGUUUGACAAAAUCUCCGGAUUGGCGGCGCUUUUCGUGAGCAAUUUUACAGAAUUACGACGACGCCGCAUUGCCAAAGUCAUUGCGGCCAUCAUUGGCGCUCAGGGUGACAUUGAAGCCCCUCCAUCUCUGGUCGCUCAUCUCGCCAUCAACGCUGAUGCCCUUGUCGCAACCAUGGUAUGUAUACUGGAAGACGCCUCGUGCAGCAAGCAAGAGCAAUUGGUUCUCUGGGAACUGCUUAACGCUGUCGUGAGCCAGAGGCAGCAGGGUUUCGCAGCGUUAGUCUUGAGUACAGAAAGGUUGAGCAAUGGCGUUUUUGCGCACGACAAGUUGCAGAAGUCAAGCAAGACAUCUCUACUUCAAGUCGCUACCGCCAGGCUCCGUCACACCACGGACACAGAAGUAACCCUUGCUAUUGUCAAGUUCAUUGCAAGCGCUCAAAACUACUGGGCGUCGGCAACGGCUGAUCUGAGCAAGGACGCCGAAUUCUGGAAGAAGAUUACUUCUCUCAUGGACACAAGCGCGAUUGAUGUUUACAAUAACGCCAGACCCGUAGACAUUGAGGCCAUCUCUUUCCGGUUUUCGUGCGCAGCAUAUGCUACCCAGAUUUCUGCAUCGCAGCUGUUCAGUGGCAACGGCGAGCCAGAUGAACUACAAAAGGCAAUCAUCGACAGAUUGCGGAAGUCAUCUGAUACUCUAUCGGAUGUGGCGCUGCGCAUUCGCGGGUACCGUCCCUCACUCCAUGGGAAUCUCCAGAGGAACUUCCAGAAGAAGUGGCCAGUAGCACCUGUACUGGCAUUCAGACACACUGGCGUCAUUGACACAAGGUACGGUACGCAGUACUUCUAUGAUGCUGAUGUUGCUACGACUCUGGUCUGUCGCGACAACGCGUGGCAGUCUUACAUUCAAGAGGUCAAGGCAGCGAACAGUAACCUUUCUCUGCUGGAUUCUCAGGUGAUGUUGUUGCGAGCCUGGAUACUUAUGGCAACUGCAUUGAGUGAACAUGCCGCGAAGGACAAGGUCUUAUCAGCUAAGCUUGUCAACACCGUCAAGGUUUGCUUGAAUGCCAAUGUUAACGAGGAGGACAAUUGGGCGGUGGCGAGCUCUGUUUUCGCUGAACGAGCUGCGUUAGCCUUCAACCUUGUUUCUAAGCUUCGAACAUCAGCGGUCGUCCAAGGCUCCGACUAUACCGAGAUUUUCAAUCAUGCCUAUCUCGCAUUUAACUCCUCCGAAGCACCAUAUCUUCAGGCGCUCACCGACAAUGACUUGUCUUAUCACCGCGUCGUCUUAAGAAUCUUGUAUCUUUCUUUAAGAGGUAUCAAUGACGCAGACUCCUCGAGCUCAAAUCACCAGCUUUACUCCGCCGUGGCCGGUAUAUUCGAGCUCGUUGUUGCCAAGGGUGCUGCGAGGAUCUUCGAGAAAGCCCGAACAGCACCAGAAGCGUCUGCAGUCGACGACGUCAUUCUCAUCAUUGCUCUCCUCCAGGAACUUCUUGAUUUUGACGGGGUCGAAGGGCUUCUUCCCGCCUUCGGCGGUGCGUUAGCAGACAGUGGUGCGCUCACCUCAGCAAUGAGCCUUUACUCGUGGGCAACGCAGGCUCUUGUCGAUGGAGAACCUUUGUUUGCGGAAACAACCUUAACAUACUUGGCAGCUUUGUCUUCAGCACCUCUUCUCGCUGAACAGCUUGCUACUGAGAAUGUUCUCGGUGUUCUGAUUGAGAGCCCGAUUUCACAGCAGAUCCGGGAGGGUGGUGUAAGGCCUGACACGCAGAUCCGACUUCAUCGUGUAUGGACCCGAGGUAUUCUGCCAUUGCUGCUAAACAUGUUACGCCAUGUCGGCGGUCGCAUCGCUCGCGAUAUUUUGGCUUUCCUCGAACUGUUCGAAGCGCAGGUCCAGUCUACACUUCUCGCCUGGCAACAACUGAAUAUCGUAACCCUCGCAGCGUUGGACGAAACUAUGUUCUUGGUUGUUCUCUUCGGCACCCUGAAGAUGCUGUUAUCUGAUGAGGGAUUUGUCUGGAAUGGUCGCAACAACCUUGCGCUGAGUGUGGAUUAUGCGUUGACGCACCCCAAGUACCUUGCAACGCUGAUUACUCCCGUCACCGCGGAAGAACAAAAGCUGCAAGUAACAUCGAGAGGAGAAGGUCAGACUGCUUUGCGCGAAGCAGUAGUUGCUCAGCUUCGCCGUUUGCAGGACCUUUUGCAGGAAGAAGACAUGUGA